AUGUGGUCCUCGGUUCUCUCCUGCUGUAGCGACUGCUCCCUGUGGUCCCAGCCCUCGAGCCUCCGCAGCCCGCUUGUGAAACGGGGCCCCGGUCCCCAGGACAACGCCCCCUACAACGCCCCCUACGAUGCCCCCUACGACACCCCCUACGACGCGUCCUACGACGCCUCCUACGACGCCUCCUACGACGCCGUCGGCGCCAGGGAGCCAAAAAAUCAAGCCGGAAAAAACAAAACACUGGAUGAACUUAGUGGGUCAACAUCCAGAGGAAGCAUUGGGUCCCUGAUGUCCGGCGAAGUCGGCGAGGUCGACCCAUUCAAAGAUAUUGCGAAUAAUCAGUACCGAAGAAAGUCAUUAAAGUCAAGACAGAGAAACACGUCGAGCGACUCGACAGGUUCGAGCGACCGAGGGUCGGUCGAGGGCAGCCGCUACGUCAAGAGGGGGCCCCGCACGAGGGGGGCACGCGCACCCCCCCUCCCCGGCACCACCAUCACCAUCACCCAGCAGCCAAAAAGUGAAGACAUUUACCGGCCCGACUUGAGGAAGGAUAGUUCAGUCUCUGCUGUUGGAACCUCCACACCUGUCAGAAUUCAGACUCCAGUGGAACGGCACGCAAGCUCCGCGUCAUCGCUCAGCCUCAGCACGACAUCCAGGAGGAAUGUGAGUCAAGCGUCUUAG